AUGCCCCGCACCAAGAAGGGCAGGGCUCCGGUCAAGAAACGAAACCAUACAACGCCCGUCGAUGUCGUACUGCGCAAUGGAAGACACCAGGCUCAAUUCACCAGCCAUUCUACCGCAGCAAACUUUACCAUGAAUGAAGAAGCACGGAACACAGGAGGGCGCAACUUAUGGCGCGCUGGCUCUCUUCUCCGCCACCAAGCAGUGCAGUUUGUCAGCGCAGGGAAACUACAACCGGCGGACGAUGAGUUGCCACAGCAGACCCCAAGCGUUAAUAGGACAAUCGAUGAAUCGCAAACCGUGAUAGAAAGCGCAACCACCACACCCGUACAAACGGUAGACUCGAAUACGGCAGACGAUGGCACACCGUUUUUCAUUGACCUAAUCGGCGAAGCAGCUCCGGAGACGGGAAUGGCAGAUCCAAUCACCAAUAUCGCAUCGGAUGAGUCCAGCGAAGAUGAAAUAGUGUUUCAUGGCCGGAAAAAGUGGAAUGAACCCAGCACGCGUCUUUUAAAUGAUCACACGGAAUUUUAUAUCAACAUCCAAAAUUCGGCAAGGAGAAAAAGUCACGAUGCCGGCAAGCCGCCUGCAACAGCAUCUGCUGAGAUGCCCGCCAAUGGCCCACCAGCAGCCUCGGAUAGCUGUCAGGCGACGCCAUAUAUAGAGACAAAGCCAAGCAAGGAUAGCAGCAUAUGCAUGGACACACAAACGCAGCAGCCCGAGAAACAAUAUGCAGACAAUAUUUUUGAUGGCGAAUUCGAUGUCCUCACCGACUACAUCUCAAACAUGGACGACGUGUAUCUCUAUAUGGAUACCUCACAUCAUCCAGAGCGUGAACCAGACGUUGAAUUAGCGACUCGAGAAGCUCAAAACCAUACUGGUGAACAUGCUCCUAGACGCAACCGCGCGCAAUCAAUCCACGAAUCUCCCGAGCAAGAAAACAGCCCCCAGGAAGAAGAGGACGUGGAAAGAUCGCAGAGCUCUACACCCGCUAAACCCCAAAGCACAGACCCUCUAGAUGAUGAUACGGAAAGCCAGUCAAGCAACACCUACGACAGUGAGUUUGAUGUGGAUCUUGAUGAAUUAGAUGUGUUAGAGGAGUUGUCCUUGCAGGAUCGAGGUCAAAGGAACCCAAACCAGCAGAGGCUUGCCAAAAAAGUGGGAAAUAAAUUCGCCUCAGCAACCGCAUUCGCCGAUGCCUUAGAAUCGGAUCAUUACUAUGGAUUUGAUAUCAUGGAUUUCGACAGACCCAGUCUUCGAAAAAAAUCGAAAGCCAAGCGCCACGCCCCCGAUUUUGACCUCUCUGAUCCUGAGCUUGAGAUGGAACUGGUUAGAGCAUGGCAAAACGACCGGGAAAAGAAGAAAACCAGAAAGCAAAAGCGAGAAGAGCUUCGCUCUAGGGGUCUGUUAGGUCGAAACAAAGACAACGCAGAUCUGAAUGUCAAGUACGCAAAUGGCAUUGGAGUUGAAGAGUUGAGAACAGAAAUACACACGUUCCUUCUCACACCACGGAAUAGCCUUCCUCUCCCUCCUAUGCCGAAGCAGCGGAGGAAGGUAAUACAUGAUCUAGCGAAUGCUCUAUCUCUGAACUCAAAAUCACGAGGGAAAGGGGCCUCACGAUUCCCCAUUCUGCACAAAACUUCACGCACCCCAGAAUACAGCCCGAAGACGGUUUUGCAAAUAAACAGAAUAUUAUCAGCAGGGAGUUUCAAGGCCAGGACCGCGAAACAAAACGUCAACAAAAUCUCUAAACCUCGGCGUGGCCAGCCCGGUGGCGCCGUUUCAUAUAUGGAUGGUGAUGUUGUUGGCGCAUCCGCGCCUGAAAUAGGUGUUGAAAAUAAAGGGAGAGCCAUGCUAGAAAAAAUGGGAUGGAGUACAGGCACUGCUCUUGGCGCUUCUAACAACAAAGGAAUUCUUUUGCCAGUUGCACACGUGGUUAAAAACUCCAAGGCUGGCUUGGGAUAA